GAUCCGGUCCUCGGAGCAUCCGCGGCUCUGCAGGUUCCUUCUCGGAAGGCGAAGAAGCCCAAACUAACAGAACCAGGCAGGCAUUUCCCGGAAGCUCUCAGGAGGCCCGCUUCCCAGCCGCGCCGCCUGCGCCGACUUCCGGCCUUAGCUUGACGGGGCAGCGGAAGGAAGCCCGAGAAGCCGGCCCGGGUUUCCCUCGAGUGAGCAGGCGAGCGGCGCCGAGGCUCUCAGGGCGCCUGCGCGUCGCGCGUGCGCCGUGGGGCGCGGCGACUGGCUGUGACGCAACUUCCGGCGCGAGCGGCGGCGAGAGCCGGGAGGGCGAGCGAGCGAGCGGGCCGAGCGAGCAGGCAGCCAGCAGGCAGGCGAGCAGGCGGGCGGACCGUCCACACCCAGGGAAGGCUCCGGACGAGAGCGCGAGCGAGCCGGCGAGGGCGGCCGCGUCCCGGGAGCUGCCGACAUUGCUUCCCCUUCCUCCGGCCCCCUCCCCGGAGCCCACAGCGCCUCCGGUUUCCAGCAGAGCGGACCCGACCCGGCCCGGCCCGGCCAUGGCCUCGUUGCUGAAGGUGGAUCAGGAAGUGAAGCUCAAGGUUGAUUCUUUCAGGGAGCGGAUCACAAGUGAGGCCGAAGAUUUGGUGGCCAAUUUUUUCCCAAAGAAGUUGUUAGAACUUGAUAGCUUUUUGAAGGAACCAAUCCUGAACAUCCAUGACCUAACUCAGAUCCAUUCAGACAUGAAUCUCCCAGUCCCAGACCCCAUUCUUCUCACCAAUAGCCACGAUGGACUUGAUGGGCCCACUUACAAGAAACGAAGGUUGGAUGAGUGUGAAGAGGCCUUCCAAGGAACCAAGGUGUUUGUGAUGCCCAAUGGAAUGCUGAAAAGUAACCAGCAGCUGGUGGACAUUAUUGAGAAAGUAAAACCCGAGAUCCGGCUGCUGAUUGAGAAAUGUAACACGGUAAAAAUGUGGGUACAGCUCCUGAUUCCCAGGAUAGAAGAUGGAAACAACUUUGGGGUAUCCAUUCAGGAGGAGACUGUUGCAGAACUAAGAACUGUUGAGAGUGAAGCUGCAUCUUAUCUGGACCAGAUUUCUAGAUAUUAUAUUACAAGAGCCAAAUUGGUUUCUAAAAUAGCUAAAUAUCCCCAUGUGGAGGACUAUCGUCGCACCGUGACAGAAAUCGAUGAGAAAGAGUAUAUCAGUCUGCGGCUCAUUAUAUCAGAAUUAAGGAAUCAAUAUGUCACUCUACACGAUAUGAUUCUGAAAAAUAUCGAGAAGAUCAAACGGCCCCGGAGCAGCAAUGCAGAGACACUGUACUAGGGCCAGGGCCAGGGGACUCUGUGAGUCUGGCUCAAGACCGAUAUUGCCUUGGUUUGUUACAUGACUAUCGUGAUGGGGAAACUGGCUGGAAAUAGUAAUCACACCUCUCUCUGUUUUUAGUUAGAGUCUAAUGAAACUCUCAUGUAGUUCUGUGA